UACAUAACUAGAGCACAAGCACCAUUACUAAGAAAGGUUUAGCUAACACAAAUCCACCAUGAAGAUCUUAAUCAUCCUUACAAUCCUUGCCAUGGCGACUACCUUCGCCACCUCUGAGAUGCAAGUCAACCCUAGUGUCCAAGUACAACCGACACAACAACAACCAUAUCCCGAGUCUCAGCAACCAUUCAUCAGUCAAUCACAACAACAAUUUCCCCAGCCACAACAACCAUUCCCUCAGCAACCACAACAGCCAUUUCCUCAAUCCCAGCAACAAUGCCUCCAGCAACCACAACACCAAUUUCCCCAACCCACACAACAAUUCCCCCAACGGCCACUACUACCGUUUACCCACCCGUUCCUACCAUUCCCCGACCAACUACUCCCUCAGCCACCACACCAAUCAUUCCCCCAGCCCCCACAAUCAUACCCUCAGCCACUGUUACAACCUUUUCCUCAGCCCCCGCAACAAAAAUAUCCCGAGCAACCACAACAACCAUUUCCUUGGCAACAACCAACUAUUCAGCUAUAUCUCCAACAACAACUGAAUCCGUGCAAGGAGUUUCUCUUGCAACAGUGCAGGCCUGUGUCAUUGUUAUCUUACCUCUGGUCAAAGAUCUUGCAACAGAGCAGUUGUCGGGUGAUGCAGCAACAAUGUUGCCUGCAAUUGGCACAGAUCCCUGAACAAUACAAAUGCACAGCAAUCGAUAGCAUUGUGCAUGCCAUCUUCAUGCAGCAAGGCCAAAGACAAGGCGUGCAGAUCGUGCAACAACAACCUCAGCCGCAACAGGUGGGUCAAUGUGUGCUCGUCCAGGGUCAGGGCGUCGUCCAACCGCAACAACUAGCUCAAAUGGAAGCAAUCAGAACGUUGGUGUUGCAGUCCGUUCCAUCCAUGUGCAACUUUAAUGUCCCACCUAACUGCUCCACCAUCAAAGCACCAUUUGUUGGUGUAGUCUCCGGUGUUGGAGGACAAUGAAAAGAUGAGAGCUAUAAUAAUUAGUACAUGGAUCAUCGUUGCAUAAUCGAUGGACCAAUCGAUGUAAUAAUGAUAAAUAAAGUGUCGUGCACCAUGAUGUGUGAUUCGACCAGGACUUGUCCAAUUGUGGGAAUAAAAGUCAUAAAAAGUUCUUCUAA